UUGAAAUGCGUUUUGCUGUAGAGCAGGUAAUGCUGACAAUAGUGAGCUUCCUAUGUCACUGUUAGAAUUUAUGGCUAAAGUGGGUACUUCAGCACAACAGCAAACCUUCAUAACACGUUGCAUUCACAGGCUCUGCAUUGACGUCACAAUGACACAGUGAAGCCAAACACAGGAGCUGGGAACAGUUCUUCUGCUUCACUUUUGAUAAUUGAGUGAGUUUGCCACCACACCAUUCCUUCCAGCAUGGCUAAGAGUGCAGAAGUGAAGCUGGCGAUCUUUGGUCGGGCUGGUGUGGGCAAGUCAGCUCUUGUCGUACGCUUCCUGACCAAACGGUUCAUCUGGGAGUACGAUCCAACGCUAGAGUCUACAUAUCGUCACCAAGCUACCAUUGAUGAUGAAGUGGUUUCCAUGGAGAUACUAGAUACAGCUGGUCAGGAGGAUCCUAUCCAGAAAGAAGGACACGUGCGAUGGGGUGAAGGCUUUGUGCUGGUUUACGACAUCACAGACAGAGGCAGCUUUGAGGAAAUGCUGCCGCUAAAGAACUUGUUGGAUGAAGUUAAAAAGCCCAAAAAUGUCACCCUGAUCCUGGUGGGGAACAAAGCAGACUUGGAUCACUCCAGGCAAGUCAGCACAGAGGAAGGUGAAAAGCUGGCCACGGAACUAGCAUGUGCUUUUUAUGAAUGUUCUGCUUGCACAGGAGAGGGCAACAUUAUGGAGGCCUUCUACGAGCUGUGUCGUGAGGUACGGCGACGAAAGAUGGUCCAGGGCAAGACUCGGAGACGAAGCUCCACCACCCAUGUCAAGCAGGCAAUUAAUAAGAUGCUUACCAAAAUCAGCAGCUAAAAAAAGCUGUACUAAACCAGGUAAGAUUUUAGAGCAUAUUAGCUUGGAGCAGGGAUGAGGCAGGCAGAGCACAUUUAAUUAAAAAUGGUCAAAGCUUUGCAAUGAAAAAAAAAAAAAACAUCACAGUAUUUUUGAAUAACACAGAAUCAUACUAUUUUCCUGUUUUGAAAUGUAUUUAGCCACACUGCUUCUGUCUAAUGUGGAAAAAAACCCAAAAACACCAAGGAAAAAAACACCAAAUGUACUCCAAAGGACAAGAUGAUUGCGGGAAUUGGCACCAACAGAGAAUCUUCUGCUUCUACAUGGCAAGUCCAACGUCCUGCAAAUCAGUAGUGCCUAAACAUCAUUUCCAGCCAACCACCUGCUCAGAAAGAUUCAGCCUUCGGUCCAUCAACUACCAUCACAACUCAUGUUCUCCAGGACUGAAUACAUGUAGAGGCUGCUCUGUUGCAACAGAAAUUUUACCUGACACCUUCAACCAGCUCUAAGUUGGCUCAUUGUGUGCUUUUACUCCAAACUGUACUUCCUUGUUAUUUUUGUCAAAUCUAUGAGUGCUGAUGUUCUUAGCAAGGUAUGCAAAAAAUAUAGGAAAGGUCUAUUUUAUGGAGUGUUUGGCCAGCAAGAUGUACAUUUCAACAGAGCUGAAGUUCAGCAGCUCUUCCAGAUCCUAUGAAACUGCAGAAUUCAUGAAGAAAUAAUCAGCUAGUCCAGUGGCAUUUCAGCUUUUUCCCCUCAAAGUGCAGUACUGUACUUGGGGAAAUGGGACUAAAUGUGUUAUGAAGUCAAAUUAAAAAAAAAAAUAUUACUAUUGAUUUUAGUUAUGGGUAGUUUUUAGCUUUUGUUUACACUUCUUGUUUUGGUCUUUUUUCAAUUCAAGUAGUUCCUCUUAGUCUAUCUUAUACUGAAGAAGAACAGAAUCCUUGGGAAGGCAAGUAUUUAAAGUCUAACGCCCAAAUGCAGAUCAGAUGUGAAUGGCCUCUACCAUAUCAAAAAGAUCACAAUUUCCAGCUGUUUAAACUUCCAGAUGUUGCUUGGAGCACUCUGGGGUUUAAACCAGCACAGUUUUUUUUGUGACUUCUAUCUGGCACAUCGAAGUGAAAGUGUAUGUUAUCAGAUUUUGUGCCAGGGAUAAAAGGUGUUCAUUUUUUCUUCUCCCUCAUGCAUCUGAUUUAACCCAGCUGUCAAAUUUUGCCUCUUGUCUAGUUGGUUUGUUAACUGUAUGCUAAAAGAUGUAAGAACCAAGACUGGAAGAUUUUAAUUCAGAUUGUCCUGGUUUCCCAGCAGUUGUGUUGCAUCCCUUUAGGCAGUGUGGUGUGCAGUUCAGACUGUUAUCAUGUAGAACCACAGCCAAAGGUUGGGAUGAUAAAUGGGAAUAUUAGCAGUGCUCUCCUUUGAGGAAAACCCCCCUUUUAGCAACUACUUACAACUUUAUUCUCCACUGCUUUGUACUUCCCAUGGUUAUUUGCCUCUGUGAUGAAGUAACUCCAAAAGGCUAUCACAUACAAAUUGCCACAGAUUUAGGAGAAUAUCUAGUUGGAUAACAUUUCAGAUAGUUAUAGGUAGCCAUAGAAGUGGUGGAACAGGCUGAAGAGUCAGAUCUGUAUAUCCCUGCCAACAGAGAAAAGUUCCAAGUUAGGACUUCUUUCAAAAGAAUGUACUUCAAGGUAUUUUAUCAAAGUAAUUUUUUUUAAACUCUCUCUUUUACCCAACCAGCAUCAAAGAACAUCACAUUCAGCUAUAUAUUUUAUUUGUGCUGUUAUUUGUCUCCUCUGUUUCUGUAUUCUAGACAGUGAAAACUCAUUUCACUCUUCUGGAAUCAAUUCUAUAUUUUGGUCCUCAUGUUCAAGUAUAUUUCCAUACGCCAUCUAGACACCCUGAAGUGGAAACACUACCUUGUGCUUCUGGGCAGGGGGUUCUUGCAAUGGGUGAUAUCACAGUCUCUGAGACACACCUGUUACCAAGCUAUUCAACACAUCUCUAACUUUUGUUAAAAAGAAAAAAAAAUAGAGGUUUUGCCAUUUUUAGUCCCAUUAGUAAUGUAGAAUCAAUACAAGCGUAAAAGAAAGAGCUAAUGCCUGCUCACAAACCAGAAGUCUUUAGCUGAGGGUCUGAACUUGCAAGCAAUGUUACACUAGGAGCCAGAAUAAGCAUUUGCAAGUUGAAGCACAAAGUCAUUCUGUUAUCUUUGAAAUCAGAGCUGUUGCACAAAUCUGAAGUAAACAAAGUCCUUACCUGCAAUCCCAUGGCAACAUAGCUAAGAGGAAUGUCUUGUUAUGCUAAGCAAUUGAUUCAUCCCUCUCUUAUAAAACUUCAACAAUUCUUUUAUCUGAAAACCUUUCUUGGGGUUCAGAGUUGAGCUGCAUUUAAAAUACAAAAAGCUUAUACGUGAAUGACAAGAGAAAAUAAAUGAUUCAUAUUCAUAUUAGAAGAGGAAGGAGAGGCCCUCAUACUUUCCAAAAGAAUCUCAAUAAAUUGUUUGUAUCUUCCUUUAUAAUAUCUGUGUGGAGAAAUUAUAAGAUCCUGGUGAAAGAAAAUGUUCCACUGUGCAAAUAUCGCUUGUUAUAUAAAGCACCUAUAAUAAAAAUAGUAACAUUCCUUUGCAAAGACUGAAUUUGGAAACUGCCAACCAAGAUAAACACUUGGUCGAAAAGGAGGCUGCUAUUUUGCGACCUUUCCUCCCACACAAACACAAUUUUCUUUAUUUAAUUGCUCAUUAAUUUUUUUCUUUUGGUGUCAUGGGCUGAUUGUCAAGCCAGUUCUACUAUAGUGUAUCUGUUGAUACACGUUACAUAGUAUUAAAUGCAACCUGAUUUUCUGUUGCUCACAAUGCUGCAACAUAUUAUCGGCAAUGCUAUAAAUGUGUAAUAUAUCUACAGUGCACAAAUUGAGCCCAAAAUUGCCCAAGCAUUGAAAAGGCCAAAUGCAGCAUGAACCCACAUUUGGUAGCCUUUCUGCAGCAGACAUCAAUGCUUUAAAUUCUGUUUCUACAGCUGCUGUUUAAACAUAUGUAUAUGACACUAACAUCAAGUUUCUCUCCUCUGCCCACUACCAUUUCUGUGGAGAGAGGAUGGGAAGGAUGAUAAACAAAAAGGGGGAGGAAAAGUGAAGUGAAUACUUGUUACCUACAACAAGUUGGUCAUCAUUUAUGAAGUUUUUAAAUAUUUAUCUUCAAUUGAUGAAGAGUUAGUCAUGCCCACGCUGCAAAACCUGGAUCAGGACCCAAGACUUCCCUAGAACUUUGAGAAUCUUCAAAUCUGGGGAUUUGGUGCAACUACAGAUGGAAGUGAGGAUCAGCCACUGGGUUUGCACCUGGAUCCGGACAAGGUGUCCCCAGCCUGGGGAUAGUUGGAUCUGGCAGUUUGCUACAAGUCUAGUUGAAUUUUAUAUAUAUAAUGAUCUGUAUGCAUUUUUACAUUAAAAAUAUGAAAGCUUGUGCUUGUAGAUAAUAUAUAAGAAAAAAUAAAAAAUAAAAAUAAAAAAAAUAGCAGUCUGUACUGAA